AGAUGCUGUGGAGUCAAACGAGCGAUCCAUUUUAGCCAACUGUUUUCCAUCUUGUUUUGCAGUACAGCUUGAGAAUCUCAAGCAUCAUGUGUGUUGACACAUCGGAAACUGCAUUGUCAAGCUUUUGAAGCCCAUAUUAGAAGCUCCUAUUGUCGACAAUCAUUCAACACUGAACGGAGGGCAGGGUUCAAGAUGCCAUGGAAAAUUCCGAUGGAGAUGUGGGGUCAGCCCUUGCCUGAGAAGAUAGGCUCUGCUCCUUUGGAUUGGCGAUCUCUUGGCUUCGAAUAUGUUCCAACUAAGUCCCAUAUCCGCUUCGCUUGGAAGGAUGGAGUGUGGGAUUCCGGCCACGCAUUUCAGGAUCCGUACUUGCCGGUGCACAUGCUGGCCAAUGUCUUCCAUUAUGGACAAGCACUGUUUGAAGGCUUCAAAGGUUUCCAUACCAAGAAUGGUGAUGUUUGUACAUUUGCCGACAAACUGAGUUGGCAGCGCUUGAGCCAUGGCUGUCGGCGCUUCCGCAUGCCCGAGGUGCCACUCGAAAUAUGGGAGAAUGCCAUCAACGAAACAGUGAGGGACAAUGUGAGCUUCAUCCCUCCAUAUGGUACUAAUGGGUCCCUAUAUGUGCGACCCUUUCUGUUUGGCAGUGGUCCAAGGCUUGGCGUUGGACCUUCCACUGAAUACACCUUCGUGGUGUUUGUGAAUCCUGUUGGCAGUUACUAUCAAACCGAUAGUGGUGCAAUGCAGGCUUUGGACGGAUUGGUCAACGACACGUACGACCGAGCCGCACCGCUUGGGUGCGGUGACUGCAAAGCUGCUGGCAAUUAUGCUGCAGACCUCGAAAGCAUGCACGCGGCCAAAAGGCUGGGCUAUCCCAUCAGUCUUUAUCUUGACGCACGAGAACGCCGCUAUGUUGAGGAGUUCAACACCUCGAAUUUCGUGGCCAUCACUAAGGAUGGUCGCUACGUCACACCGGAUGCACCAAGAAGCGUGCUGGAUAGCAACACCAACAAGGUUUUGCAGCAGCUUGCUGUCGAUCUCAAUCUACCCGUUGAGCGACGGCAGAUUGACUUCGAGAAGGAGGUUGACAGCUUCGCAGAAGUUGGUGCCGUGGGGACUGCUGUGGUAGUGACACCCAUCAGGUCCUUGACUCGCGGCAACCAGACUUGGACUUUUGGAGAGCCAAAGGUCUUGCGAGAGUUGCGUGACAGGGUGCGUGCCAUCCAAAAUGGAGAGGUCGAGGAUAAGCAUGGGUGGAUGCGGCAAAUGAAGCUGGAUGAUGCUCCUCGAGAUAAGACCGUGUUGAGCGUUUACCCUGGCCUUUGACCCUCGGCAGGUUGUGUCUUGACUUGCGGUCCCUCCUGACGGGAAGGUUCCAGAUGAUGACUUCAAGUCAGCUUGAUAUUUUCUUGGCAUUGAAAGGCACGUUUGGUGCUUCAAGGCCAAUAUCAGGCCGAUUCAGCUGCAAAGGCAGCCUUUUUGCUUUUGAUCACUGGCGAUCUGUCAAUCAAGUGGCAAGACAUGAGCACGGUUUCCUUGCUUAGUCAUGCUUAGUACACGUGUUGGCAAUUGGAGUCGCCUUGUUCAGCCGUUUGAAGGCUUUUGUAUCCCAACAGUAUGUUGGUGAUUGAGAGGACAGGUUUCAAA